AUGGACAGCGGUCAGUUAAGGCACGGAUACAAUCUUAUAUCCGGAUUGAAGACAGACAAAGGGACUGGCUUGCCUGACUACUUAUGCAUGGAAUGUGCAGCAUAUAUUCAGCAUUUCAUAAAAUUUCGGGAUAAAUGCCAAAGAGCAUAUUAUACAUUAUUAGAAAUAAUAGACAAAAAUUGUGAGAUUACUGAAGCAGUAUUAAGUGAAAUAGAUAGGCAUAGACUUAAAGUCAACCCAAACCUUUCAUUCUUAAAUGAAAACAAUCCACGGAUAAAAUAUGACAUUGUUAAGUUCAAAUGGGUAAAAGAUUGCAGAGUACCUACAGAAUCUCUAAAUAUACGCACCUUGCAUUAUGGUACUCUAUCUAAUAAUGAAAUCAUUCCAAACAACAUAAAUCUACAGCCCGCUUUAUUAAAAACGUCAGAAACAUUCAACGGAUCAACCUUUAAUGACCAAAAUGAUGUAUCUGAUGACUUCUUUGAUAAUCCAGAGGUGAAUGAUGAUAAUGAACAAAUCUUAGUCGAUGAUGAUGUUGAUGGCGUGAAAUUAGAUGAGGAAUUUGCAAGUGUCAUUCCCAUAUCAAAGAAAGAAGCAACUGCUGUAAUGGAGAUAUAUAAGAUGUUCUCACAAGGCAAAUUUCAGUGUGAGGUCUGCAGAGAGUCGUAUUAUACAGAGGCUCGUUUGAAAGUGCACAUGAGAAUGCAUGACACACAUACCAGUGGUACCUACUUUUGUGAUUUGUGUCAAUUCUACUAUAAAACACCAUUUCAAUUGAAAACGCAUAUAUCUGGUAAACAUUCAUAUAAAUAUAUCUGCAAAAAAUGUCCAGAAGUUAGUUUUGAUCGGACCUCAGCAAAAUCUCAUUAUAUUUGGACGCAUUUAAAAGAGGCUAAAACAUCAAAAUCGUUGAUAGGACGGAAGAGAAAAUUGAGGGAUGAGCUUCAUACAGAACGUAAGAGGAAGAAGAUGCCCCCUGAUUUCCCUAUAUGCUCUGCUGUGACGCAAGAGGAACAGUAUCAGUUUGUGAGGGAACGGCAGCGGUCCAAAAACUACAUUGAGUCGCCCUUUAAAUGUGAAUUGUGCUUCAAGGGAUUCAGGGAGCCAGCUACGUAUGACAAGCAUAUGAAGAAGCAUGAUCCGGUUAUAUCUGGUCCGUACCAGUGCGAUGCCUGUAAGGUGUACGUGAAGAAUACACGACAGAUGUACAAACACAUGGCGAUGAGCCACCUCCACAAGUAUUCCUGCCAAGCGUGCUCGUUCACCUGCUUCUGUAGAGGUCAAGCUAAAAUGCACUACAGAUGGCAUAAGAACGUCACAUAUUCCUGUCCGCACUGUAACAAACAGUUUACGAAGGCAUCGACUCGCCUCACCCACAUACGAAUAAAACACCCGUCUACCUUCAUUUGCACAAUUUGUGGACACAGUUUUGUCAGUGAAUCCGGACUGUAUUGCCAUAAGAAGAUAGCCCACACAAAGGAGGAAAUGGAUGCCAGUGCGAAGCUGGAGAAGGGCAUUGUGACAGACAGCCCGCUGUACUGUGCUGAGUGUCGUCUACAAUUCCAGAACGAGGCAGCUUUCAUCACUCACUUCGGUAGCUCAAAUAAACAUUCGACGACUAACCGUUCGAUAAAGCCAUCUAAAGUGAAUUCGGCGAACGAAGAUGACAAAGUCAGGCGACGGACACGCGGGCGCCCGCGCAGGGAUGCGUCUGAUGUACUCAAUACCGGGACGACGACUGGCGGAAAUUGCGAUAUUUGCAAAAAGUACCUGUGCAACGACGUACAGGCGCGGAAGCACUACGAGUCGGAGCACCCGGGGGCGGAGUACCUCAAGCGGUACAUGUGCGAUAUUUGCGGGCAUACGACUAAGCAAUACGCGAACCUGAUGGUCCACAUGCGAACGCACACCCGCGAAAAGCCUUACGCGUGCCAAUACUGCGACAGGCGAUUCAGUAUGGUUAGCAAUCGGGAUCGACACAUUGUGGUCCACACUGGCGAGAAACGUUUCGAGUGCCAACACUGCGGUCGUCGGUUCACUCAAAGCAGCGCGGUCAAACUCCACAUACAAACGGUCCACCUGAAAAUCCCCUACGCACCGUGGGAUAAGAAGAACAGGAAGCGAAGGAAAGAGAUGGAGACAUCGCUCGCUGCAGUUGCGCAGCCGAAGAUAGCCGAGCACGGGCAGAGCGAGUACAUCAGCGCAUACGUUUUUAACUUGUAG